AUGAUAGAUUUGUCAUCCAUCAGAGCGAUCAUAUCACCAGCUCACGGCAUCCUCUAUGCGGUCAUCGCCGUGAUCGGUUACGUCCUGUACCGUGCUGCACUACCCCAUCCAAUACAUGGCAUACCUCACAACAAAGAGUCGGCGCGACGCGUCUUGGGUGACCUGCCCGAGCUGAUGCGGUGGAAAAAUAAACUCGGCAAUGCAUUCGGAUACUUCACCGAUCUCACCCAGAAGACGGCCUCGCCCGUCGUGCAGGUCUUCCUGAGACCCUUCGGUAGGCCCUGGGUCAUCGUGGUUGAUCCAAGAGAGUCCCAUGAUAUUAUGACCAGGCGCUAUGCCGAGUUCGACCGAUCGGCCUUUUUUGGCGAUACUAUGAAAGCUAUGGGUCCGCAAUUCCACGCACAUUUCCCAACCGGCCGCGAAUGGACCGUUCACCGUCGACUGAUCGGAGACACCAUGUCAGCCGGUUUCCUGCACAGCGUGGCCGGGCCUCAGAUGUGGAAGGUCGCGCAGAGCAUGGUGCAGCUCUGGAAACAAAAGACACGGUUAGCCGGUGACCACCCGUUCAACGCUGCCGACGACAUCAAGAGAGCGGCGCUCGACAUCAUUUGGUCUGCCACGUUCGGAUCCGAAACAGGGACCGUCAGGGCUCAGCAAAGUCUGCUCAGCACGGCCAAACAGCUAGAGCUCUCUACUGAAACCGAUGCAGCCGUCGAAUUCCCGGAGGCUGCCGACCCGCAGGCCUGUAUGUCCAUCGUAACUAUCAUGAACUCCAUUCGCAUUCCAGUCAAUUCGCCAUUCCCGCAAAUCCAUCAUUGGUUCGCCCUGAAAUUCUAUCCUUACCUGGUGGUCGCCGGCCGUCAUCGGGACCAGAUGAUCGGAUCCGCGCUGAAAGCCGCGGAACAGAAACUUUCGACACAAAAGAUAGAGGAUGUGGUCGAGUCGACGGCUGGCCUCACGUCUGUUGUAGACUUGGUAAUAGCCAAAGAGAUGAAGAUGGCCCAGAAAGAAGGACGUGCACCAUCGAUCGACAGCCGGGUGACUCGCGACGAACUCUUCGGAUUCAUGCUUGGAGGAUACGAGACUACCAGUACGAACGUAUGCUGGGGGUUGAAGUUCCUUACCAAGCACCAGGACAUCCAACAGAAAUUGCGAGCGGCACUUCGCUCGGGUUUCCCGCGGGCUUUCAGAGCUGACGAAAACCCGACUGUGCAAGAACUCUUGAGCACCAACAUACCAUACUUGGAUGCCGUUAUUGCAGAGGUGAUGCGGUGCAGCAUCGGAGCUCUGGCAGCCAUCCGUGUAGCUACAGUUGACACGCAAAUCCUUGGCCACGCCAUCCCAAAGGGCACCGACGUUUUCUUAAUGAAUAAUGGCCCGGGAAAGUUAAUGAAGCCGAUCGAGGUCCCAGAGUCUCUACGGAGCGAUAGCAGCCGAGAGGCCAAGGACCGGACCGGCGCCUGGGACCCAUCGGAUAUCGGCGUGUUCAAGCCGGAACGUUGGCUUGUAAAUGACGAAGCAGGAAAUUACACGUUCGACCCGCUGGCCGGACCUGCCCACCCGUUCGGUGCUGGCCCACGAGGCUGCUUUGGCCGGAAGUGGGCUCUACUGGAAAUACGAAUCAUCUUCGUCCUGGCAUUCUGGAAUUUUGAGCUUCUGCCAACACCGGAAUCGCUUUCCUCCUGGCGGGUGGGAGAGCAGAACCAGGCGGAGCAAAUGUAUCUCCGGUUACGAUACUCGAAGAACACGUAG